AUGCCAAAUCGAAUUUUGUACGAUGGUUUUCAUACGAUUCCAUGGAUCUAUUCAAAUACAUAUUGUAAAUUACGUUAUUACAUUCCAUAUACAGCACGUACUUUAUCUUCGACGUUCAUUGCUCUCGCAUGCAUCGAUAGAUUUGCAUCGAGUAGUCAACAUCCAAAAAUUCGUCACUUUAAUCAAUUGAAAAUCGCUUAUACUGUUAUUAUAAUCACAACUAUCCUCUGCCUUCUCAUCUUUGUUCACGUCCUCGUCUAUUUUAAUAUUGAAUUAACUCUCGAUCAAUAUAAUCGUUUGUUACCUUCAUGUUAUGCACAAAGAGGUUUUUAUCGUAUAUUUGCUGAUUUUUUCUAUUUAACGUGUUACACGCUUAUUCCGCCGUUUGUUAUGACUAUAUUCAGCAUUCUAAUCGUCAGAAAUGUUCUCAAAAGUCGAUAUCAAGUUGAUCCAACAACAGCAACCAUUCGUAACCUUCGUCGAAGAGAUCAACAACUCAUUGUAAUGCUGGUGUUCCAAGUUGUUUCUAUUGUUAUUACUACAUUACCCCAUUCUAUUCAAAAACUAUAUUCAACAUAUACAAUUAAUUCGCCUAAAACUUCUCUAACACUAGCACAAAAUAAUUUUGUUUUGCAAUUAGUACGGUCAAUAUCUUAUAUUAAUCAUGCGUCUAGUUUUUACGUAUUUACUCUAUCUGGUCAAAUAUUUCGAUAUGAACUUUUUAGAAUAAUUAACAAACGUGGUGGUUUGAAAGCGUCCAACACGUAA